AUGGACCUCCGGGAUAAGCCUGCACUUGAGAAGCUUUUUGCUUCAGAGAAGCAUCUUUCCUAUGUGCAUAUACAGUACUAUCUUCCAAUUGUCAUUGACUUUUCACUCACAUUGGAGCUAAAGGCAAAUCAAGUUUCCUUUUGCAAGCUUGUGUUUGAUUUAAGCUAUAGGAGUUGGGCAUUACAUAUUCUUUUCCAUAGUUCCAUUAAAAUUUCGGCCAACAAUUUAGAUUCUGAGGUCCAAGAGGAAAAUAGUCUGGCUGAAGCCAUGGCUGCCCCGGGCUGCCUCUUGUCUUGCUGGCCUAGAAGAAUCUGCAGUGGAAGCCGCACUGAAAGCUGCAUUGGCAGUUGGUAG